AUGAGCCAAAACUUGCGGCUCCUACGGCCGGCGACGACAAGGUUACGCCUCGAUGGCUUGAUCUGCGCCCGCGCAUACGCGACGCAAGCCCCCGGCGCCCCUCGGUUCCAAGUCUUCAAUCGCCGCACGAAAUGGAUGCAAAAGGAGCGCGCUGCCUCCGAUGUUGAGGCCAGCCGGACAGCAGACUAUCUCAAAGACGAAGUCGCCCGCAGGUUAUGCGAACGGCUACUGGAUGUCAAGCGACACUUCCCCAAAGUCCUCGAUCUCGGCGCCAACUCCUGCAACAUCGCCCGAGCCCUAACCCAAGACGACCUCAAUCCGGACCCCGAAGCACCAAAAUCAGAGCCCAUCGCGAACCGCAUCACGGAACUAGUCGCCGCCGAGUCCUCCGAGAAGCUGCUCUACCGCGAUGCCGACCUACCCUUCAACAAGGCGCUCAACAUCACGCGGCAUGUCCUCGACGACGAAGAGAGCCUCCCCUACGACCCCGAGACCUUUGAUCUCGUCCUCAGUUCCCUGAGCAUGCACUGGAUCAACGACCUGCCUGGGGUGCUCUCCCAGGUCAACAGCAUUCUGAAAAAGGACUGCGCCUUCGUGGGCGCCAUGCUCGGCGGCGACACCCUGUUCGAGCUCCGCACAUCGCUGCAGCUAGCGGAGCAAGAGAGGAAGGGCGGUAUUUCCCCGCACGUGUCGCCGCUCGCCGACGUCAAAGACGUGGGUGGCCUGUUACAACGAGCCGGCUUCAAGAUGCUCACCGUGGACGUGGAUGACAUUAUCGUCGAUUAUCCCAACAUGUUUGCCCUGAUGCAUGAUCUGCAAGCCAUGGGCGAGAGCAACGCCAUCAUUGGGCGGGAGAUGGGCCCCAUCGGCAGAGACACUCUUAUGGCGGGCGAGGCCAUCUACCGUGCCCUUCACGGCAACGAGGACGGCAGUCUUCCCGCCACGUUUAGGAUAAUCUACAUGAUUGGAUGGCGCGAGAGUGAAAACCAGGCGAAACCUUUGCCGAGAGGGAGCGGCCAAGUGAGCCUCAAGGACAUCUUGGAACAAAAGUGA